AUGAUUUACAGAAAGGAAUUUUUAGAUGUGGGAGGCGUCGAUCCUUUUGAGUAUGUAACUAUUGCAUCAUCUAGUAUGGCCAUAUUUAGAAGUGGUCAUAUUCAACCAGACACCAUUGCUAUGGUUCCCGUUUCUGGCUACACUACGAAAGUCAAUUACAGUCCCGACUCUAUUAGAUGGUUAGAUUUUUUAGUUAUGAAAGAUAGUAUCAGCAUUAAACAUGCACUCAAUGGAACAGGUGAAGUCAGGAUAGGUGGACAUUUUGUGGAUGGAUUUUGUGAGAGUACAAACACUGUGUAUCAGUAUCAUGGUUGUUUCUAUCACGGUUGCCUCAGUUGUUUUGAUGGGGAUCAGAUUCAUCCUUUCAAAGGUGUAACGAUGAGAGCUCUACGACAAUCAACUGAAGAGACGACCGAAAAACUACGUGCUCUUGGUUAUGAUGUGAUAGAGUGUUGGGAACAUCAAUUUCGCAAUUUAAAGAAAGAUGAUAGGGAGCUCAAAGAAUUUCUGUUCUCUCACAAGUUAAAAGAUCGCCUUAUUCCCCGAGACGCAUUUUACGGUGGCAGAACCAAUGCUAUCAAACUUUUUCAUGAAGGGAAUGCCAAAUAUGUUGAUUUUACUUCUCUUUAUCCAUGGGUAAUUAUUUGUGAACAAAUAUUGUAA